GUCUCUAACCAGGAACCUGGUGAGGGGGUGCGGGGCUGGAGGCUUCCGGGAACAUGGUUGGUGGCUCAGGGUGCCCUAGGGCCACCCCCCUUCCUCCCCCCCUCCCGGGGAGGGGACUGGGCCAGCAGUAAUGCCAUUUGUCCUGGCUCUGGGAUUAGGUGCGGCCGUGUUAAGUGAGGAGUGUGGAACCAUUGAGAGGACGCCGCGGAGGGAAGCGGAGCUGAGCGGCCGCCGCCUGGAGCUCCGCCUUGGCCCUGGGGGCCCCACCAAGCAAGAGGCAUGUGGCACCCCGGGGCCUACCCAGUGUCCUCCAGCCUGCUGCCCGGACCCCCCAGGAGGCCCUGAUGCCCUGGGGCACUUCUGCUGUACACAGGACCACGUGGGGGUUUGCCAUGGUGACAUAAAGGGGCGCAGAGGAAGGAAGGAGCGCAACCAGCCUGCGGACUGCGCCCCGGCUGGGAGGAAGGGCCGGCAGCCCGGAUCCUCCUCUCCUGCUGCCCACUGAGGGCCGCACUCGCUAGGUGUCUGUGAAUUUGUUGGUCAGUUGACAACUCCGGUGUCUCCUCCUGUUUGGGGCCUUGGAGUGGCCAGGGCAGGCCAGGCCUCUGGUGGCCGAGGUCUCAGGGACCAGGAUGUCCACCCUGGCGCGCCUCCGCAGGCUGUGUCGGCACGUGUCCCCGCAGGCUGUCCUUUUCCUGCUGUUUGUCUUCUGCCUCUUCAGCGUUUUUGUCUCCGCCUACUACCUGUAUGGCUGGAAGCGAGGCCUGGAGCCCUCGGCAGAUGCCCCCGAACCUGACUGUGGGGACCCGCCACCCAUGGCCCCCAGCCGCCUGCUGCCGCUCAAGCCCGUGCAGGUGGCCGCCCCUGCCCGCACGGACCCGCUGGUGCUGGUGUUUGUGGAGAGCCUCUACUCGCAGCUGGGCCAGGAGGUGGUGGCCAUCCUGGAGUCGAGCCGCUUUAAGUACCGCACAGAGAUCGCACCCGGCAAGGGGGACAUGCCCACGCUCACCGACAAGGGCCGUGGCCGCUUCGCCCUCAUCAUCUACGAGAACAUCCUCAAGUAUGUCAACCUGGACGCCUGGAACCGGGAGCUGCUGGACAAGUACUGUGUGGCCUAUGGCGUGGGCAUCAUUGGCUUCUUCAAGGCCAACGAGAACAGCCUGCUGAGUGCACAGCUCAAAGGUUUCCCCCUGUUCCUGCACUCGAACCUGGGCCUGAAGGACUGCAGCAUCAACCCUAGGUCCCCGCUGCUCUAUGUGACGCGGCCCAGCGAGGUAGAGAAGGGCGUGCUGCCCGGCGAGGACUGGACUGUGUUCCAGUCCAACCACUCCACCUACGAGCCAGUGCUGCUGGCCAAGACGCGCUCGUCCGAGUCCAUCCCGCACCUGGGCGCGGACGCCGGCCUGCACGCCGCGCUGCACGCCACAGUGGUCCAGGACCUGGGCCUCCACGACGGCAUCCAGCGCGUGCUGUUUGGCAACAACCUGAAUUUCUGGCUGCACAAGCUCGUGUUUGUGGACGCCGUGGCUUUCCUCACCGGCAAGCGCCUCGCGCUGCCUUUGGACCGCUACAUCCUGGUGGACAUUGAUGACAUCUUCGUGGGCAAGGAGGGCACGCGCAUGAAGGUGGAGGACGUGAAGGCCCUGUUUGAUACGCAGAAUGAACUACGCACACACAUCCCAAACUUCACCUUCAACCUGGGCUACUCAGGGAAAUUCUUCCACACAGGUACUGAUGCUGAGGAUGCUGGGGACGACCUGCUGCUGUCAUACGUAAAAGAGUUCUGGUGGUUCCCCCACAUGUGGAGCCACAUGCAGCCCCACCUUUUCCACAACCAGUCUGUACUGGCUGAGCAGAUGGCCCUGAACAAGAAGUUCGCUGUCGUGAGAGCACGGCAUUCCCACAGACAUGGGGUACGCGGUGGCGCCCCACCACUCGGGCGUGUACCCUGUGCACGUGCAGCUGUACGAGGCCUGGAAGCAGGUGUGGAACAUCCGCGUGACCAGCACGGAGGAGUACCCCCACCUGAAGCCGGCCCGCUACCGCCGCGGCUUCAUCCACAACGGCAUCAUGGAUUUUCAUCUUUCUGGCUGCGGUAUGGAGCAGAGACUGUUGGAGACAAAGUGAGAAGCAAGAGACCAAUUAGGAACCAACUGCAGUAUUCCAGACAAGAGAUGGUCCUCCCGCGGCAGACCUGCGGCCUCUUCACGCACACCAUCUUCUAUAACGAGUACCCUGGUGGCUCCAGCGAGCUGGACAAGAUCAUCAAUGGGGGCGAGCUCUUCCUCACCGUACUCCUCAAUCCUAUCAGUAUCUUCAUGACACACCUGUCCAACUACGGGAAUGACCGCCUAGGCCUGUACACCUUCAAGCACCUGGUGCGCUUCCUGCAUUCCUGGACCAGCCUCCGGCUGCAGACACUGCCCCCUGUGCAGCUGGCCCAGAAGUACUUCCAGAUUUUCUCUGAGGAGAAAGAUCCACUCUGGCAGGACCCCUGCGAGGACAAACGCCACAAAGACAUCUGGUCCAAGGAGAAGACGUGUGACCGCUUCCCGAAGCUCCUCAUCAUUGGCCCCCAGAAAACAGGCACCACGGCCCUCUACCUGUUCCUGGGCAUGCACCCGGACCUCAGCAGCAACUACCCCAGCUCAGAGACCUUUGAGGAGAUCCAGUUUUUUAACGGCCACAACUAUCACAAAGGCAUCGACUGGUACAUGGAGUUCUUCCCCAUCCCCUCCAACACCACCUCCGACUUCUACUUUGAGAAAAGCGCCAACUACUUUGACUCAGAAGUGGCGCCCCGGCGGGCAGCCUCCCUGUUGCCCAAGGCCAAGGUCCUGACCAUCCUCAUCAACCCUGCAGACCGGGCCUAUUCCUGGUACCAGCACCAGCGAGCCCACGAUGACCCAGUGGCCUUGAAGUACACUUUCCACGAGGUGAUCACAGCUGGGUCCGAUGCCUCCUUGAAGCUGCGUGCCCUCCAGAACCGCUGCCUGGUCCCAGGCUGGUACGCCACCCACAUAGAGCGCUGGCUCAGCGCCUUUCACGCCAACCAGAUUCUGGUCUUGGAUGGCAAACUGCUACGAACAGAACCUGCCAAAGUGAUGGACACAGUGCAAAAGUUCCUUGGGGUGACCAACACCAUUGACUACCACAAAACUCUGGCGUUUGAUCCAAAGAAAGGAUUUUGGUGCCAACUGCUUGAAGGAGGAAAAACCAAGUGUCUGGGCAAAAGCAAAGGCCGGAAAUACCCAGAGAUGGACUUGGAUUCCCGUGCCUUCCUGAAGGACUAUUACCGGGACCACAACAUCGAGCUUUCCAAGCUGCUGUACAAGAUGGGCCAGACACUGCCCACCUGGCUGCGGGAGGACCUCCAGAACACCAGGUAGCCGUGGCCACCACAGCCAGACUGAAUGUUCGUGACAGCGGGGAUGCCCCGCCACACGCUGAGCCAGACUGACCUGCAGAAUGGGAAGCUGGGCCCGGGCUGGCCAAGCACUUAUGAGCAAUACUCUGCCGAGGCCCGGGUAGGGCCAGGAGAAGAGCCCAGGCAGGUCCACAAGCGCCUCAGAGCAUCCAAUGCUGGGUCUGUGGCCUCUAGGACCUCCGUAGCCACCAGAGGUCCAUUCCAUUCACAGCCUUUCAUGGGGAGGCCACUUCUUGGUAGGAGGGAGUCCAUGAGACUCUUUCUGUCCCUCACUGUGUUCUACCAACCACGCCCUCUCCUUCACCCCAGCAUUCCCUGCCCCAGCAGGGUAUCUCCUCAGUAUUAGCUGCCGUAUUCUCCCUGUGCUCCAGACAGCAAGCGAGGAGCCCAGCUGGGCCUUUUGCCAAACCAGGGGGAGAGACUGGACAUUGCCCUGACUGUUUUGAGCCAGGCCCUUCAGAGGGGUCAGCUGGGUACCCAGAGUCGGUCACUAGGCUGGAUAUGAGGGUCGCACCUCGAGAGGACUCUGAGCUUCCACAUGCAUUCUAGUUAACACCUUCACAUCUCACCUUCCCUUUCUGGGGAAAGAAUCGCUGGUUCCUACGGUGUCCACCCAGUCCUCAAGGCCUCCUCCAGGGCCCUGGGGCACUGCCAUGCCAUUUGGACCCAGAGACCCGGGCCUCAAUCUCACCCCGUGUUUUCACCCCGGGAUAUGACAUGUGUGGUAUUUCCUGUGGUAAAGACUGAGGCGGUUCAGAAGUCUGCCAGUAUACAUGUUCCAGUGUAUAUACGUUGUCCCCAUGCCCACCCAGCCUUGGCCCCUGGCAGACACUGGGCAGAGCUGGUGACACUGCCAUCUACGGCUUUGCCCCAGCAACCUGUGGCCGAGGGCUCCUAGAGACCCCGUUAACCUCCCCAAUACUAAAAAGCUAAAGUAUUUUAA